AUGAAAUAAAAUUAAAGCUCAUAAAUAAAUCGUAAAUAACAUUCCUAGCAGCAGGACUCAAACGACUAACCUUAGAAUCCUAAAGUCUUUAGCUCCUUCCAUUAGAGAAACCAGAGCACUAGUGGAGCUCCAUUGAAUCCUUACUUCAAAAAUAAAUCAGCUUCUAGGAAAUCGAUAGCCCCUGCUCAAUCAAAUAUGAGUUAGUCUUAGUCAUUAUACGGCACUUUCAAUGGAGGUAGUUAAACUAAAGAUGAAGAAUCCCAUUAAGAUCAUUUGAGACCGUCUAAUUGCAGCAAGAACAUUCCAUCAAUGGGUUUACAAACUUAUAGAAAUAAUGCACUGCCAUCUAGAUUAAAUCACGAAGAGAACUUUGAUGGAAUGCCAAAAAGCUAGUCCUCUGCGAAUCUAAUGGGAAAUAGAGUUGUAGCUACAACAACUAUUUAAUCCAAUAAGCUGAUAAUGUAAAAAAGAAAUACAAAAGACCUCGAGGAAUUAAAUGGGAUAAUAGAGUAAUUUGAUUAGCAGUUUAAUCAGCAUCAUCCAGAGAAUAUAAGCUAUAGAAAAUAAUACAGCUAAACAUAGCAAGUGAGUAGAGAGGGUUCAUUGAGCAAAAGUCCCAUGAGAGGAGCAAGUAGUAAUGUUCAGCAGGAUAAAGAAAAUCAUAAUAAGCCAAUUGCCUAGAGACAAGAUAAAAAGUAACCAUCGCUACACACUGUCGAAGAUGACGAAGACAAAUAUAGUGAGAGCUAUAAUUAUACAAAAGAAAGUUCAUCAAAAUACAAAAUAUUCCAUUAUCUUUAGGAUAAGACCAAUGAUUACUAAAAUUUAAAUAACUAAGGACUUUGUUCUCAAAGAUCAAAGCAAGCAACUCCUAAUAAAUAUUAAAAUCAAAAUACUGAAAUUUAGAUAAAAGAAUUAAGGCAAAUAGUUGAGUUCUUAGUAGCAGAAAAUAAUGGUAUUCAUUAAAAACUAGAAUCAAUAAAAGAAGUUAACGAUAAUAAAUUUGCUGUAAUAUUUUAGCAGUUGGGCCAAUAUAAUAAGUCUAAUUAAGAUGAAAACCGAAAAUCAAUAAUUCCCGUGUUAGCAUCAGUGGAUAGAUUAACAAAAGAUUAAAAUGAAAAAAUAGAGCCGUUCCUGACUAAUAAGGUUGAGAAAUUCUAGCCUAAGAAAUAAAACGAGCUUUUAGUUUAGAAAAAUCUAUCUAUAAGCUGUAUUUAAUCUCCAAAAGAUGAAGAUUUCAUAAUAGACUACAAUCCAAAAAAGAAAUUAAUUUAGCAAACAGACAAAAUUCCAGAUAUAACUGUUAAAAAUAAAUACAAUUGUGAAUAUAAAGAUUAAUACAUUUUGAAUCUCGAUAAUAAAAAAACUGGCUUUAAAAGAUACAAUCUCAACAACUCAAAUCAUAAAAAAUCGAAAUCCCCUUUGGUAAAUACUUAGCACUUAUGGCAAGAAUUAUCAAGUGUUAUAGAAUAUAAUGAUUUGGGAUAAGCCAAGAUGUAAGAUAUUUAAAUCGAUUCCUCAAAAAUUAUGACUGAAGGAGCAAAGUAGAUAGCUCAAUUACUUCAAGAUUUCAAUCAGCAUUAGUUGCUUCUGAAUCAAAUAAAUGACGAAUCUCUGGGAAGCUUUCUGACUAAUAAUAACAACCCAAUGGAGACUCUUGAGGGAUUUGAAGCUCUUUAAUAGCAAAAUAUUCGCAUCUAGAAGAUGAACCCAAAUGUUUUAAUUGAUGAUGUGGAUCAUGAAUAAAAUUAAAGGGAAGACUACUAUUAAAAUAGACAUGAAUUUUUGAAUUCAUAGUUAUAGAAAAUUAGAAAUUAAAUCAAACAAGAGAAAUAGCAAGUAACUGGAGGAUGUUCUGGAAAAGCUGACCAAUUCUAAACCUCAGUAGAAAACAAACUAAUAUCCUCUGGAUGCGUAAAGCUUAAAACUGAAUCAAACCUUCAAAGCGAAUCUGAUAGUAUACCUAAGGUAUCUGUCAUACCUAAAUUCAGGCAAAGAUGA